GUUACCCUGAUCCAAACCACAAAUGUCUACAAAGGUGAUGACCUUUCAGUUGAAGAUCUCCCAAACAGUGCACCACUCCUUACAUUUACAGCACCAAUAGAAAAGAAUCAUAUUGUAAUGAUUGUUUCGUACACAAAUGAAAAUGGACACUAUGAUACAUUAAAGAACUAUUCAAACAAGGCCAUUUUUUCAACGGUCGGAAUACCAAAAAUCAGCAAAAAUAAACUACAUCACUUGAUUUCAUCAGAAAUCAAAUGGAAUGUACACCAAACAGAUCCACAACCUUCAUCUAACGAUACU